UUGCACAUGGUUUCUGUCUGAGGAGGUUUAACUUCUCAGGCUCUGGAUGUGAGAGGGAUGAUACUGGAGAGCUGCAGGCCAGCACACAUGUUCAGAGCUUUUUACCAACUUCCUAUAGCAAUGACAGAAUUUCUAGAAUAUAUGAAAUAAUCUAGAAACUAGAUCAUUUCUUAUGUUGCAGAAGUUUGGUUUUUAUUCAGCCAUAUUGGAUUAGCUUUGUCUGGAGAAAAGGUGAAGAAGACUGCAGCACGGUCGCCAUCAUCAGGUUGAGCACCAACAAACUGAACAAGAUUUUUUGCACACAGUCUGCAGCCAAAAAUCAUGAAAGACAACUAUGGUGGAUACGAGAACCAGCUUUUCAAAGAGGAGGAUUUCACUGGAGAAGAGGAGGAAGUCCCUUCGUUUAGAGGUCGAACUAGAGGUGGCUGUGUGAGGUGCCAGCAGAGCCACUCUCUUCAGCUGGCCGUCAAAGUUCUCUAUGGAUUUGUUGCUUUCCUCAUCAUUACUGUUGCAGUGUUGGCGUCACUUGUGUUCAGGAAGGUGGACAACCUGUCUGGUGAGGAAUCCAUCUACCAAAAGAGGAUCACCAAGGCCCAGCAGGGAAUAGAUGAUCUGAGGUCCACGCCAAACUGCUCAGGCUGCCUUGAUGUUACUCUGUACAGCAAGGAGAUCAGCAAACUGAAGAAAGAGUUUGAAGACAUCCAGAGAAUGAUACUGGGACAGGAGCAGGUCCUGGACCAGGCCUCACAGACCCAGGCCACCCUGAAGUCCACCAGCAAUCGGCUGACGCGUGACAGUCAAAACCACCUCAUGUCGAUCAAACUUCUCAACCAGUCACUGCAAAGAUACCUGGAUCGUGUGGAGGGCUGGAAGGACGUGAUUGAGGAAACUGAAGAGAAGAUGAAAACGCUGACGGAAGAUCAGUAUGAUAUAAAAGCAACAGCACACCAAGUUAACACAACAGUGGUGCUCAGUACCAUGUGGAUAGAUGCCUUGCAGAGGAAAGCAGAUGAGGAGACUCUUGUUCUCCAGAAGUUGACCAGUGAUUGGCAGAACUACAGUCGAGUUCUUGGUGCCAUUAAGUCCAACACGAGCAGCACCACGCAAACCAUGCGCUUCCUCCAGAACAAUAUCGUAGCGGAUCACCAGAGAAUUGCCAUGUCCACUGAGGUGUACUAUGACCUCACUCAGCAGGUGAUGAACCUGCAAAUGCAACUUGACAAUGUGACAUCUUUCAUGGAUGAACAUGAGGAAAAUAUGCAUGACCUUCACUACCAUUCCAGGUACUACGAGAACCGGACAGGUGAGCGUUUCUCUGCCUUGGAUGGUCGUCUGAACUCCAUCAUGAUGGAGAUUGACACAAUCUCCUCCAGCAUUAAUGCCACUGUCAGUCACGUCCAGAGUAUGUACAAAUACAUCAACAUCGAGAGCUCAUCCUGCCAGAGUCGCCUGGGAAGACACACAGAAGAUCUACAGAACCUGAACAGCACAGUUGUGUCACUUCUCCGCUUAGCCGACACAAUGAGGCAGCAGAACAUGUUGCUGAAUGGCAGACUGGAUGUGGAUGUCAGGGAUUUGUCUAUGGUGAUGGAGGAGAUGAAGCUUGUAGAUGUUUUACAUACGCAGCUCAUAAAGAACUUCACUAUAGUAAAAGGUGCUCCUGGACCACCUGGACCCAAAGGGAACCGUGGUGAGACUGGCCCAAAAGGACCUGUGGGACUGACUGGCAGUAAGGGGGACCGAGGCCCCAUAGGAAGCCGUGGAUCUGUUGGAGAGAAGGGUUCUCUGGGUUCCAAAGGAGCACCAGGUGAACCCGGCUCCAGUGGCAAUAGAGGGGCAGCAGGUAUCAAAGGAGCCAAAGGGUCCAUUGGUCCACCAGGUGCCAAAGGUGACAGGGGCCAGAAAGGUGACACUGGUCCUUCUGGUAGCGAUGGCAGUCCAGGACCCACAGGGCCUCAAGGUAUACUGGGCCAGACAGGCCUACCAGGCAUCAUUGGGCCACCAGGGCCUAAGGGAAAACCUGGGCCAGUAGGGCCACCUGGACCACCAGGACUCCCUGGCCCUCCAGCCUUGUUUAGCCAUGACUUCCACCACCAGCAGCAAACUGUGACACCUGCUGCUGGCUCCAAGAGACACUAGAGAGAAAGAGGUGAUUUGUCAAAGAAGCUGAAGAUUCACAGUGAUUGGAGACAUAAUAGUACAUUUCUAUGGCAUUGGCAAGACUUUAAUGAACAAAUGCCACAAAUUAAUUUCAACAUGGAGGUUGAAGGGAUGCAUUCCCCAGAAGAAAUGACAUGGCCACGUAAAAUGAAAUGAAAUGAAAUAGGAAGGCCUAAUAAAAGAAAACAAUAAACCUCCCACAGACUGAACUGCUGUUAAGAAAGGAAAGUAAAGGCUGAAAAUGCACUGUUUGGAUAGACUUUGAAUUUUGUAUGGUGGUGGUCUUCAUACAACUCAUAAGAUGUUGUUUUGCAUCAAGAUACAGCAAGAUUUACUAAUGUACAGUACAAGUACCGUACAGACCAGAAAAAAAGUAGAUGAUGAUAUAUAGGAAUAAAAAAAGAAAGUUAUGCUUGGUUGAAUGUAUUAGAAGCAAAGAAUGUGUUUGAGGUUAUUGUCAAGCCACAAAAACCUCUUGGGACAUAAUAAAUAGGAGGUUUGUUAACCACAGAUUUGGACUAUAGUACUGGUGUUUUCUAUCCAGUCUAUUCAAAGGUUUACAUUCCCAUGUAGUGGAAAAAAUCCAUGUUUUGCAUUAUGUACACAUUGCUAAUAUCCUUUCCAAAUGGAUUGCACUUUGUUCUUUUGUAAAGUGUAAAAUUUAAAGUCAGAUUGCUUAACUUUGGUAUUUCAGAGCAGGUACUCUGAAGACCUUUGCAUCUACUGGGUCUGUGGUAUGUGGUUUGAAGAGGUAAAGUUGCAGAAUCAAAGUCUUAACUUUGUCAUACAUUGUAUAUAAAAUGUUCUUUUGUUGUUGCUGUCGUUGGUCAAGAAAAAUAACAAAGAAAGUAAUAAUAAAAAUGAUAAAUAACUCCUGUUCGCAUGUGAAAAUAUAAUGGAAGUUUAUUCACUGCCUGAGUGUCAGACUGUCAGCAUUGGAGAUUCACUCCACCUUACUCAAAGAGAAUGUGAGCAGCUUAUAUCUCCUCUUCUUACUUUUGAAAAAGGGAAAAUAAGCAUAUCUCACAAACAACCAUAGAAUACUUAAAGAUGUAUGAAACAUCAUAAAACUUACUCAACACACUAAUAAAUAACAGCAUCUGUAAAUCUAUAAAGUAAUUAAAACUUGCAGUUACAGUUUAUCUUUUUACUAUUGACAACUUUGAUAACAGAGCAAAGAAUUGUGAGGAUUUGGAUUUUAUUAUACACAACAUCGUUUAUAUCACAGACUAAAAAUCUUACAAAGAGUUGAAUACAGUUGUAAAUCUGAGUGUUGUAAUGAAAUGCGACUGGCUUGCAUUGAACUUCAAUAAAUCCCCUUUUUAAACAA